CCCCGCCCGUCCCGCUGCUCCUGCUCCUGCUCCUGCUCCUCCUCCAGCGGGGCCUCGCGGAGAAGCCGCCGGGACCAAGCCCCGAGGAAUCCACCCUCCUCGCAGAAUUCUGCCGGAUUGACAAGCCUCUGUGUGACAAUGAGGAUGAGCAACUCAGCUUCGAGGCAGUCCGCAACAUCCACAAACAGAUGGAUGAUGAUGCCAAUGGGGACGUGGAUGUGGAAGAAAGUGAUGAGUUCCUAAGGGAAGACUUGAACUACCACGAUCCGGCAGUGAAGCACAGCACUUUCCAUGGAGAAGACAAACUUAUCAGUGUGGAGGACCUGUGGAAGUCCUGGAAAGCCUCUGAAGUGUACAACUGGACCGUGGAUGAGGUGGUACAGUGGCUAAUCAGCUACGUGGAACUGCCCCAGUAUGAAGAGACCUUCAGGAAGCUGCAGCUGAGCGGACACGCCAUGCCCAGACUAGCAAUAACGAACGCCACCAUGACGGGUACCAUUCUGAAGAUGACCGAUCGGAGUCACAGACAGAAACUACAGCUGAAGGCCCUGGACACAGUGCUCUUUGGACCGCCGCUCCUGACCCGCCACAACCACCUGAAGGACUUCAUGCUGGUGGUGUCCAUCGUCAUCGGGGUGGGCGGCUGUUGGUUCGCGUACAUCCAGAAUCGCUACUCCAAAGAGCAUAUGAAGAAGAUGAUGAAGGACUUGGAGGGACUCCAUCGGGCUGAGCAGAGUCUCCAUGACCUACAGGAAAGGCUCCAGAAGGCCCAGGAGGAGCACCGCACAGUGGAGGUGGAGAAGGUUCACCUGGAGAAGAAGCUGCAGGAUGAGAUCAGCAUUGCCAAGCAGGAGGCCCACCGGCUGCGAGAACUGCGGGAGGGGACGGAGAACGAGCUGAGCCGGCAGAAAUACGCCGAGCAGGAGCUGGAGCAGGUCCGGAUGGCACUGAAGAACGCCGAGAAGGAGCUGGAGUCGCACAGUUCCUGGUACGCGCCGGAGGCUCUCCAGAAGUGGCUGCAGCUGACACAUGAGGUGGAGGUGCAGUACUACAACAUCAAGAAGCAGAACGCCGAAAAGCAACUGCUGGUGGCCAAGGAGGGGGCUGAGAAAAUCAAAAAGAAGAGGAACACUUUGUUUGGCACCUUUCACGUAGCGCACAGCUCUUCCCUGGAUGACGUGGAUCACAAAAUCCUGACUGCUAAGCAAGCCCUGAGUGAAGUGACGGCGGCCCUUCGAGAGCGUCUACACCGCUGGCAGCAGAUCGAAAUCCUGUGUGGCUUCCAGAUCGUCAACAACCCCGGCAUCCACACUCUGGUGGCUGCCCUAAACAUCGACCCCAGCUGGAUGGGCAGUGCCCGGCCCAAUCCCACCCACUUCAUCAUGACAGACGAUGUGGACGACAUGGAUGAGGAGAUCGUGUCCCCCAUGUCCAUGCAGUAUGCUGCCUGGCUGCUGGGGCGCAGAUUCAGUGAGCGCCCGUCCCUUGGCUCCGAGGACCAGGCUCUGUGGAAAUACCCCGGCCCCAGCAUGCACAGCAGCAUCCGGCAGCGCCUGGUGGAUCCCCCGCACCCCCUCGGAUCGCAGAGGGACUUGACCCAUUCCGACUCGGACUCCUCUCUCCACAUGAGUGACCCGCAGCGCCUGAUCACCUCCAGCUCGGGCUCCAAGCUCCUGGCCUCCAGACCCGCCCUGCUGACCCGCUCCACAGACGAGGCCCCCCUGGCCUCAUCCGCCCUCCCCUCCAACGGCAGUCACCGCGGGCCGGGGGAGGCGGCCGGCCUGGCAGCAGCCCUGCAGGAGAAGCUACCCGCCGAUAGCCCGACCGUGGCCAAGAAGGCCCUGCAGCUGCUGAACCACGGGCUGGAGCAGCCGUCCGUCCUUGGGGAGCUGGGCCGCCCUGCCCACGGCGGCCACCACGCCCACGCCCACAGUGGCCACCAUGGCCACUCGGAUUCCUCUCGCUCCCACAGCCCCAGCUCCACUGAGCCGGACACCCCCUCCCCCGUCGUGGACGGCCGGGCGGCCCCCCACCACCACGGGGGCGGCGGCGGCAAGACCACUCGGAUCCCGCAUCUGGCCGGCAAGAAGCAUGGUGGCGGCGGCGGCGAGGAUGACAGCGGCUCCACGGGCGAGGAGACUGACUCCAACCAGGGCAAGAAGAAGUUUCCCCUCAAAAUCUUCAAGAAGCCCAAGAAGUAGCCCCUGAGCAGGUCGAGGGCAGGGAGUGGAGUAGGGGGCUGCCUGGAGCCCCAGUGGGGUUGGGUGAGGGGGUCUGGAGGUCCACUCUCUAUCCCCCCACUGGCUGUGCCCUGGCUCACCCCAGGACCCCUCCCCCGGGUUUUCCUUAUUUAUUUGCCGACCACUGCUGGUCCCACUUUGGAAACCACUGGCCUCUUCUUCGGCCCCUCCUCCCGAGAGCCUCCCUUCCCGGCGCUGUCCCCGCUUUGCAGUGCAUGACAUAGACCUGUGCCCUUGGCCCCACGCUGAGGGGCAUGGGGCUUGUUUGUAUGUUUUCCCAUUUUGUUGGUGGGUGGGUUCCUUUUUUUUUUCUUCUUUUUUGGGUUUUUUUUUCUUCUCUGUGUUUGGCACUUCUGAUCGGCAAGGGCAAGGCCUGGCCCCAGCUGAGGCUCUGGGGACCAGAAUCCAUGGCUGCCCCUCUUGUACCCUCCGGCCCGAGCUGCCCCCUCCCUCCACUGCGGAUUGUACCGUGGAAGCUCUGCCGGGUGGGCAGACCCUGGGCCCCGGCAGCUCAGUUGCGGGGAGGUGUCCCCUGCCUCCCCGCAUCAAAACCCCUGUAUCUCUGAACUCCACCCCCUCCCGGUCCAUUUCCAAAUCUCAGAUCACUAGGUCAUGGCGAGUUUAGUUGGGUUUUCUGGUGGGACCCAGCCUGACCUGGUCUCUGCAUCUGCCCCAACCCUUUCCUGUCAGGGAGGGGGUCAGUCAGAGAGAUAGGUGAAAGCAAGCUGCUGGGGGCAGGAGUAGCUAAGGAAGGGGCUUUGGGGACGCCUCUCUUCUCCUUCUUUCUCUCAGCGCUCCUCUAGGGGCUGGGGUCUUCAUCCCUAAAACCAACCACUUUGGGGCUCCUCCCCUGAGCCACCUGAAAAAAUGGUUGGAGGGAGUAAAAGCCCUGCCCUUCCCCCUCGCCCCUUACAACUUCCUUCAUGGCCCCUCGAUCCCAACGCCUUCCAGGCCCGUUCCCUGGGCAGAGCAGGGUGGGAGUGAGCCUGUGGAGAGGUGGACUCUCCCCGAAAGCCAGCCCAGGAACUGGGGCAGGGGAGCGUGUUGUCGGCAGUUGCCACCCCAAUCCUAGCCAGUUUAGUCGGUAGGAUGCGGGGGGGCUGUCCUACGUCUGAGGGCAUCAGCAGGGACUGAUUGGAGUGCAGUUGGGUGAGUCUAUUAUUGCUUUUGAACCAAAAAACAAAACAAUCUCCUGAAUUUCCCAAGUGCCUGCCCCCUUUGCCCCCAGCUCUCCCCGCUCUCCCCUCCCCUAACUCCCUCCUUGUGCCACAGUCCUUGGCAGGCAGUGGGGAGCCCCGGGACAAGGGAAGAGAAGAGGGGCCAGCUUCCCACCUCCCUCCCCCCGACACCAGGUUGGGAAGCCCCUCAGGCUCACAGGUUUGGCCCCAAUAGGGGCAUGGG